UCCUAGGAAGCUUCCUUUAUGCUGCUCCUUCUUUAAUUUGUCCAUUCCCCACUCCCCCGACUGAAUAAAAAUUGACUGAUCACAAGAACAACCACGGCCAAGAGAAAAUGGAACACUGCUGCUCUUUCUCCCUUGUCUGCUGCUUCCUCUUUCUGAUUCCUCCGGCAACAAUCGAGGCCACACCAUUCAUCGAUUUAAUCAACUCAACCUGCACGCAGUGCGCCCAAAACUCGGCCGUCUUCAACUACGACUUCUGCGUCACCUCACUCCAAGCCGUCCCUAUCACCCACGCCGCUAACCUCGAAGGAAUAGCGGUGGUUGCGGUGGAGCUGGCUCUGCAGAACGCGACCGCCACGGUUUCGACCAUCGAGGAGAUGCUGGCUUGCGCGGCGGCGUCUGAUCCCUUUGCGGUGAGGUGCUUGCGAGACUGCUUGGAGCUCUACGCGGACGCGAUUGCGAUGCUUGUGGAGUCCUUUUGGGAGUUCUUCUCCAGGCGGUUUAGUACCGCCAAUAUACUGUUGAGUGCCGUGAUGGAAACCGCGUCGACUUGCCAAGAGGGGUUCACGGAGAAGGAGGGGGAGAUGGCGCCGUUGACGGAGGAGAAUGACAAUCUUUUCCAGCUCAGUGAUAUUGCUUUGUGCAUCACCAAACUUGUUUCCCGGGAACAAAUUUCCGGCGAGCCGAGUCAUCUUGAGAGGAUAAUGGAGAAGAAGUAAUGGUGGGAAGCUAAGGCUUCAUUAGAUCAGGAAAUGUAAUGUAUGUGAUUUCUAAAACUUUUGUAAUAAUUUCAUGCAUUAGCUAGCUAUGGCUUGCACUGCAUGUAGACCCACUAAAAACAUCAUUCAACAAUGUAUGAAGGGAUCCAAAUUAAUCUCCAAAUAAUAUAUAAUGGGCUACUGUUUGAGCAUA